AUGGCUAAGUUCUUGAAAGCUGGUAAAGUUGCUGUCGUUGUCCGUGGUCGUUACGCUGGUAAGAAGGUUGUUAUCGUCAAGCCACAUGAUGAAGGUUCUAAAUCUCACCCAUUCGGUCACGCUUUAGUCGCCGGUGUUGAAAGAUACCCAUUAAAGGUUACCAAGAAGCACGGUGCCAAGAAGGUCGCUAAGAGAACUAAGAUCAAGCCAUUCAUCAAGGUCGUCAACUACAACCAUUUGUUGCCAACCAGAUAUACUUUGGAUGUUGAAUCUUUCAAGUCCGUCGUUUCUACUGAAACUUUCGAACAACCAUCUCAACGUGAAGAAGCUAAGAAGGUUAUCAAGAAGGCUUUCGAAGAAAGACAUCAAGCUGGUAAGAACCAAUGGUUCUUCUCUAAGUUGAGAUUCUAA